AUGCCUCUCUACGAAGUCCAACACAUCUGCCCCCUAACCACCGCCCAAAUGGACGAACUCGCCACCGCCAUAACCACAAUCCACUCCACGAAAUUCACAACCCCACGCCUCUUCGUCAACGUGAAAUUCACCGACGCCACCUCCCACAUCACCUACGUCGCGGGCAAACGCCGCGCGGGAAACCACAUCGUCGCCAACGUGCGCGUCGGACCAUCCAGAACCCAAAAAGAUUGGAACAGUCUGACGGAGGAGAUUGUGAGUGCGUGGAAUAGCAUCGUGCCGAUGCCGAAGGUCAAGAGGAGUGAUCCGGAUGUGGAUUAUGAGUUGCGGAGUUGUAUUUUGUUGGGGGGCAUGAUUGGCGGGUAUGAGGCGGGUUUCAUGAUUCCCAAGGCGGGCGAUGAUGUGCAGUGGUUGAGGGAUCAUUGGGAGGAGUUUGAGAUGAAGGCGAAGGGUGGGGAUGAGGACUUUAGGGAGAUGAUUGAAGAGGUCAAGGAGAGAGGAUUGAUGGAUGGUGCUGAUGGAAAGAGUAGCAAGCAGAAAUUGGAGGAGAUGCUUGGUUGGGGAGACUCUGCCUGA